CGGGCAUGGCGUUUGUAGUCUUAUUUGCUUGUGAAUAAAGUUGUUUUUGGAAAGAAAAGUUUGCCCGGGGACGCGGGAUUUUUUAAAAGUCGCGGGCUUGGGGGAGUCUCGGGUGAUUCCCAGCCAGGCUCCCGUUUGACUGCUACCGGUUAUUUUGACUGUUGGCUCGCUGGCUGCUGCCAUUGCCUAGGCCUGUGCUGUUGGAACAGCCAGAAUAAUCGUUUGGGACUCUCCGACCUUGUUGCAGUAUUCGUGUAUUUUUCUUUAUUUAUUAACUCGCUCUCGCCACACUUACAAGAAAGAGGAAUUUCAGAAUACAAUGCCAGGAAAAAGGUCAGUGAAAAGGUCAAAAGAUAAUGAGGAGAAAACGCAAGGUGACGAAAGUAAAAAAUUAAAGAUCUCGCAUUCUUCACAUGGGACGAUCCCUGGGAUUGUCCUGACGCUGGGCCAGGGCGAUGUUGGUCAACUCGGUCUCGGAGAAAACGUGAUGGAGAGGAAGAAACCCGCCUUUGUCAAGCUAUUGACAGAGAAAAUAGUGCAGGUGGAGGCUGGGGGAAUGCACACCGUCUGCCUCGGGGUGUCAGGCAGCGUUUACACAUUUGGCUGCAAUGAUGAAGGUGCUCUCGGUCGUGAUACAUCGCAGGAUGGGUCAGAUAUGGUCCCUGCUCGGAUUGCACUCAACGAGCACGUGGUGCAGGUUUCUGCCGGUGACAGUCACAGUGCGGCUCUGACUGAUGUCGGCCAAGUCUAUAUCUGGGGCUCCUUCAGGGAUAACAAUGGAGUUAUAGGACUGCUGGAGCCCAUGAAGACCAGCUUUUUUCCGCAGAAAGUCCCUCUCGAUGUUCCAAUAGUUAAGAUCGCCUCAGGCAACGACCACCUGGCAUUGCUAUCUCUCGAUGGUGACAUUUACACCUCUGGCUGUGGUGAACAGGGGCAGCUCGGAAGAAUUGCGGAAUGCUUUACAAACCGGGGAGGAAGGCGGGGCCUAGAGCGACUCCUGAUUCCCAAGAGCCUGCAUCUCAAAGCUAAGGGGAGUGGGAAGGUGAAAUUUCGUGAUGUUUUCUGCGGGGCAUAUUGUACGUUUGCGAUUUCGAAGGAAGGACAUGUCUACGGUUUUGGGCUGUCCAACUAUCAUCAGCUAGGAACAUCAGGCACAGCUCCCUGCUACUCAGCGCACAAAUUAACUGCAUUCAAGAACUCAACAAAGUCUUGGGUCAAAUUCUCCGGUGGACAGCACCACACCUUGUGUUUGGACUCUGAAGGUAAAGUGUACAGCUUGGGUCGAGCUGAGUACGGCCGUUUAGGUUUGGGAGAGCAUGGGACAGAGAAGAGUUCACCUACCGUCAUCCAAGGACUCCCUGUUAUCACUGCAGUGGCUUGUGGGGCCUCUGUGAGUUAUGCCGUCAGCAAGGAUGGCCGUGCCUUUGCCUGGGGAAUGGGAACGAACUUCCAGCUGAGCACAGGCAACGAGGAAGACGUGUGGAGCCCAAUCCAGAUGUCAGGCCAGCAGCUAGAGAACAGAGAGGUGCUGUCCAUCUCCAGCGGGGGUCAGCACACUGCGUUACUCGUUACAGAGCGUGGGCAGAGCUGAUGAAAGUGGCUCCCCCUACAAAAAAAAAACUACUACCGAUAAAACCUCGACUGUAAAGACUGAGUGAGCCCUGCACUUUCCCCACUUGAUUGCAAUGCUUGGAUACUACAGGAAUAAACCGUUUUUUAUUUUUGUUUGUUUGUAUGUUUUCUGAUGACCUGUUGGAGUUGAAAUCCAAUCCUGUACGCUUGUGUGCUCUGCAGUGUCAUUUAUCAUUAUUGCCAGCGACGUACGAACCUGGUCUGUCCUCACUUUGACAUGUUGACCUUGCUGCAGAUUUUACAGUAAAAGCCAUUUUUUAAGAAAUUAAAUUUCAGUUCUGUUUGGGGAGAAUGUUCGGGCAGGCAAGUCGAUUGAAGAGGGGUUUAAAAAAAAGGAAUUAUUCUUUUAAAAUCAAAUAAAUCUUUUUGUGAUAGUUUUCUAUAA